AUAAACUGCGGUACUACGAUUGUUUGAAAGAUGGCGCUCACCAUGAAGAAGACGAUUUUGACAGCUAUUGUGUUUGGGUUGAUAUGUGCCGUAUCCAGUCAUGUGCUGGAACUCGAUGAUAGAUUUUUAGGGGUUUAUAAGGAAUCACCAUGGCUUGUAGAGUUUUAUGCCCCUUGGUGCGGCCACUGUAAGAAACUGGAACCAACAUUCCAGCAGGUGUCCAUCUCCCUCAAGAAUACGCCAGUCAAGGUCGGAAAGUUGGAUUGUACCCGAUUCUCCAGUGUCGCCUCGGAAUUUAGUGUAAAAGGAUUUCCUACAAUAAAAUUUUUUAAUGGAGAAAAUAUCUACACUCACAAAGGAGAUAGGUCGAAGGAGGACAUCCUGGAAUUUGUUAAUCGAGCCAAAGGACCCGCAGUGCGUAAUCUGGCCAGUAAAGGCAAGUUUGAUGAAGCUAAAAGACAACACAAGGAUUCAGCUUUUUUCCUUUAUCUGGGUCGACAGGAUCCUGUGGAUGACAUGUUUAGCAAGUACAGUAAUGUAGCUGUACAGAUGUUAAUCCAGUCCUAUUUCUAUGCUGGCAGUAAUGCGGUCCUUCCUGAUGGUGUAAAGCCAGCUACAAUCCCGACAGUACUAGCCUUUAAAGAUCAGGAGGUGGUGGAGUAUCAGGCUCCAGAUGGUGUAGUGACAAUGUCCAGUCUACAAGAAUGGAUUAACUCUGAGCGUUUCCCUGCGUUCCCCCUGGUCACUGGGGCAAACAUAAAUGACAUUGCAGAAAGUGGAAAGAUCCUGGUUAUGAUGGUAGUGAAUGAUGAAGAUACAGAAAGCAAGGCUGAAAGUGAAAGAUUCAAAGAGAUGGUAAAAUUGUUAGCUACAAAGCACAAGGACAGAUUCCACAGUGGAUUCCAGUUCCUGUGGAUGUCCGACAUGGAGACAGUAAACAGCAUUGCUAUGUCCUUUAUGAAGGGCCCCACUCUGAUGUUACUGAACCCCACCACUCACUACUACUAUAUCCCCUCCACACCUGUACACAACUUCACCAUAGAGCAACUCAUGCAGUACCUAGAGGAUGUCCGUGAUGAAAAAGUGCCAGCACUAGGAGGGACUGGGUUUUUCCAGAGACUGAAGAGAGUUUUCUACGACCUUAUUGUUAUGGUGGUGGGAGUGUGGCAGUCAUCCCGUUGGCUGUUUGUUCUAAUGUUCGGCCUCCCCACUACCGUGAUAAGUGUCGUCUGCUAUAGCUUGUGUUGUAUGGAUACGGUGGACGAUUUACCGGAGAGUGAGGAUGAGCACUCCGACGAAGAACACGAACUACUACCCCAAGGUCAACUACAAUCUGAUGAUACUGAACAGCCUAGUGCAGUACAAGGACAUGAGAAGUCAGAGUGAUCUAUGAUGGGAUGUGUUGUUUUAACUCCACAUCUCUCAAGUCAGAAUGAUGCAUGAUGGGAUAUAUUUUAUUACUCCCAAAGUUUCAAAAGUCAGAAUGAUGCAUGAUGGAAUAUAUUUUAUAACUCCAAAAAUCUCAAAAGUCAGAAUGAUGCAUGAUGGGAUAAAUUUUAUAACUCCAAAAAUCUCAAAGUCAGAAUGGUAUAAUGGGACAUUUCAGAUUAGACCAGCUUUCAACUUCACAUACACAUCAGUGACAUCAUUAUGACAUAUACACAUGAUUGUGAAUGGAAUCACAAUACAUAAAAAAACUACCCUCGUGACACCAAAAAGGCAUUACAGGUAGAGCUGUCAUCAACAAAAUGUGUUUUCAAUUCUCAUCUCCUGAUAUGAUAUCGCUUCUUUUUUCAGGGAAUUGAUCCAAAGGUAGACAACUGUGGCAUAAACUGUAUAUGAUAUGAUAAAAUGGUAAUUUUACUGGAUAUCUCUGUCUUUCUACUCUUGUCCGUUCUUGCUAGUUGAGAGCAGCCAUUUUGCCUACAUCUGUAUUAUUUAAUACACAAAACAAUCACUCCUUCAGAUUUCUAAAAAAAAAACUUUUCGUUCAUUUUCACGUCGCUAGGCUUCUUUACUGCUGUAAAUGAUUCAAUCUUGUAAACAAAGGUCAACAACAAAUACAAUCUUAAAAACAUUUAACAUAAUUACAACAGAAAAACGGGAGGUAUUUUGUAAACUUUGUAUUACGGUUCCAUUUGAAACGUUAUUAUUCCCCUUUAGCCAGGGUCUCAAAAACGCAUUACCAAUGAAAUAAGCAUGGCGGAAGGAAACGUCUUUAACUUUUGCAGUCUGCACCAUGCAUGAUUUGAUUUGAGUAAACUUGAUAACAGAUGGCGCAGGUACAUUAUUACAUUGGUGGUAUGUUAAUUUGUCAAAAACAGCAACUAGAGAGCCUUUUUAUUGAAUGGUAAACUUUAUUGGACAUUCUCGUCUCAACAACACCAUUGUUUGAUAUACAUGCACAUCUUUUUCUUUAAAUAUAUCGAUACUCAAAACUCCUAUCAAUGACAGCUCUAUAAUUACAGGGGACAUCACAGAUAUUCAUAAUGUUGGUGAGAUGUUGGAGAUAGUGGUUUUCAUCACUAUUUUUUUUACUAAUGUUUGUUGUACAAUAAAAUUUGAUGAAAUCUA